UUGUUUAUAAAAUUUUAGGCGAUGGUGAUCGGAAAUCGGAAUUAUCUUAUUUUACCGAAUUAAUUUGACUUCAUAAAAACUAAGAUAGAUAUCCUAGGACGUGUGAUAAUUCUAUAUGAUAUACCAUUUUAAUUUACGGUUUCAACCAUGGUCAGAACAGUUUAUUCUCCCGAAUAUUGUCUGCAAUAUUUAGAGCAAUAUGCUAGCCGAGAGAGUUUCGUAUCGGGCUUGAUACUGGGUCAGAUUACAGAGGCUCGUGAGAAUGUAAUCCACCUGGCCCGAACGCCAGAAGAAAAAUCAGACACAGACUCAGAGCAGAGUUACACGUCAGAGAAGACUCCAAUUAAAAACCUGUCGGGUGUGUCGGAAGCCUGGGUGGCAGACCACGCCAAACAUGUCACGAGAAUGCUACCAGGAGGGAUGUUUGUUAUGGGUAUAUUUAUUGUAAGUGAGGGUGACAUCUUUGAGGAUCCCACAUCUUUCAGUAAAGCUAAAACUAUUCUAAACUACACACACAAAGUGUUGAGCUCCAACCAAUACAUGUAUGGUAACUAUUCCCAUUCAAACGAGAGGCUAGUUCUCCACAUGUCUACAAGUACAAAAGUGUUGACUUGCAAAAGUCUCGAAGUGGGUGCUCCGAAGACAAUCAUAAAACCAGUAGAAUGGAAGUUCCUAUCAAAACCACAGCAAUGGCAGAGAAUUGAUUGCUAUUAUGAUUUUGAUGAAGUUUACCCGGUCAUUGUAAAACAAAAGGGUAUAUCAGUCAAGCAACAGUUUCAGCAAAUUCUGGAAUCUGCCCAUAAGACAAUAGAAACUAGUGUCAUGUUCAUUGAUGGUGAACUGAAAGAUGGAGCAGAGGUGCUGGAACAAAUGAGUAAAAAGAAAAAAACCAAAAGCUCAAAGAAUGCUCAGGAUGCACCAAAAUCCAUGCAUGCAUCACUAUUUGUGCCUUAUGAAAACAGUAUGCCCGAAACAGUUGAAUACCUCGAAUGUGAUGGUAACAUACACUUUAGUGGUGUUGUCUCAUCCUCUGUGUUUAUGUAUCCUAAAGCAACAAUCAAUGAAACUAUUGCUGCAGUUAAGCAGGACAUUGUCAGAUCACUAGCGUCUCGAUUUACCAUGCACUGUGAUGCACUUAUUGAUGACAAUUUACUUCCUGAAGAAAAGGUAUGCUUCAAUGAGCCCCCGAGGCGUGUGUUGGUCCCAGUUGGCUCUCUCUAUCUCUGUGACUACCUCUUCCCUGGAGAGUCCCCCGCUGAGGCCUUACUGUCUGUACGAGAACUGCUUGACCUGCAGCUCACGGAGACAGAUGUUAUAUGUGACGUGGAAACACCUGCAGAUACAUCGGAGUUUGAUGCACUAGACCGCGACAGAAGUAAUGAAGAAAUGUUGGCGACGCCACAAGAGGCCAGCCAGUUCAUGUACAUCACCGGUAUAGGAUUUGCCUUGUUUGUGUUAAUAUUCUCUGUAUUCAUGAAUUACUAUUAUCAAGGAAUCAUGGGGUUCUUCAGUAAAUCCGUUUCGAAGGACUGAAGUGUUGUGAUAAGAUCUUUAAAAUAUAGACGUAACUUAAAGCUUUUAUAGACUGCAAGAAAAAAAACAUAGGUUCAAGUUUCAAUAUUGCUUCAA